AUGGUCUCAGGCACUUCGGCCGAGAAACUGCGCGUUUCCGCUCCGGCCGAGUCUCUCCCAGUCUCCGCGGCUCCUCAUUCCGAGACCGUGACUGCGGCUGACGCCGUGAACGAGACCGGGUCGGCCGGAGAGAAGAUCACGCCCGAGCAGGUCGAUGGCGCUGAGGUAGUUGGCCGGAUCGUCCAGUCGGACAUUCUUCGCGGCCCAAAUGGCGAGAUCUACCCAACAGCUGAGGAGCUGCUCACCCUUCGUCCCGUCAGAGGAAAGAUCGGUUGGGUGAUUUAUACUAUUGCAAUCGUGGAAAUGGUGGAGCGAUUUUCCUACUACGGAACUACGACUAUCUUCACCAACUUCAUCCAGUUUCCUCGACCUGAGGGCUCUCCUAGCGGAGCAGGCUAUGAAGGGCAGUCCGGCGCCAUGGGAAUGGGACAGCAAGCCUCAACGGGUCUGACCCUCUUCCACUCCUUCUGGGCCUAUCUCAUGCCGUUACUGGGAGGUUACCUUUCCGAUACUUACUGGGGCAAAUACAAGACGAUCAAUGUUGGCAUCCUCUCCGCCACCUUUGGCCACGUUCUCAUCGUCAUUUCGGCCAUUCCAGCCGUCUUAGACAACCAGAGAGGUUCGCUCGGCACUUUCAUAAUUGGCCUCUUGUUCUUCGGCGUCGGCGUCGGAUUUUUCAAAAGCAACAUAUCCCCCCUAAUCGCCGAGCAGUAUGAGGCAAAAGCUCCUCGCGCCACCGUCGAGACGCUUCCUAGCGGCGAACGCGUUAUUGUCGAUCCUCACAAGACCUAUGCCAUUAUCUAUAUGCGUUAUUACUUCUUCAUCAACGUUGGCGUCUUGUUCGGCCAGGUCACUAUGGUCUAUGCCGAAAAGUACGUCGGGUUUUGGCUUGCCUUCCUGCUCCCCACGAUUCUCUUCUUCCUGUGCCCUAUUGUUAUGGUUAUAUGUAGAAAUAAGUACAUCAGAAACCCGCCGACCGGGUCAGUUGCCAGCAAGGCUACUGGUCUCUGGGCCCUGGCGAUGAAGAAGCACUGGUCUUGGAGCCCUGUUAGGACCGUCCGGAACAUGCGAUCAGGUGAUUUUUGGGAAGCUGUUAAGCCCAGCCGCCUUGGUGACAGCAAGCCGAAAUGGAUGACAUUCGACGAUAACUGGGUUGAUGAGGUUCGACGUGGGUUCAAGGCAUGCACAGUUUUCAUUUUCUAUCCCAUCUUCUGGCUGCCAUACAACCAGCUGUACAAUAACCUGACUUCUCAAGCUGCCACGUUGAGGCUUGAUGGCUUUCCGAACGACCUCGUCAAUAACCUCGAUCCCAUUGCCUUGAUUGUUUUCAUUCCCCUGUUUGAUAAGUUUUUCUACCCCUGGAUGGACCGUGCCCGCAUACGUGUUACUCCUAUCCGCAAGAUCGCCGUUGGUUUCAUCAUGGCCGUUCUAGCCAUGAUUGUCGCCGCCCUGAUUCAGCAUUACAUAUAUGUCCAAUCCCCAUGUGGCAAAAAUGCCAGUAGCUGCGACACCCCUCCCGAUAUUUCCGUCUGGGUCCAGACCCCGGCGUACGUGCUUAUCGCCUUCUCCGAGAUCGGUGCCUCCAUCACUGGUCUCGAGUACGCCUUCACCAAGGCCCCAAAGAACAUGAGAGGUCUUGUCACGGGGAUGUUUUGGUUUGCUCAGGCCUUCAGUGCUGCUGUUGCCCAGGCCUUUGUUCCAUUCGCCGAAGAUCCUCUGCUGGUCUGGCUGUACACCACUAUUGCCAUCAUUACGACAAUAGGCGGCAUUGGAUUUUGGUUCACGUUCCGCAAUCUCGACAGGGAGGAGGAAGAGCUCAAUGCCUUACCCGACAGCGUCUUCGUGGGUAAACAGAAUAUGGACAUCAUCGACGUCGAAGCUGCCAGAGCGGCAGAAAUGGAACAGCAGAAACUUCGACACAUACAGGGCCUAGAUAAACGUCUCCAAGGCGUGAGCGCCUAG